AUGCAGGCGUGCGAGGGCGCCGCGGCGGGACGCCGGGCCUUCGACAGCAUCUGCCCCAACCGGAUACUGGAGCUGCGCGGCCGGGCCCCCGGGAAGCCCGGGAAGCCGGAGAGGAAGUUCGCCCCUCCGCGGACGUUCUUCUCCGGUUGCGGCGGCGGCAGCCCGGUGUCGGUGUACGAGGACCCCCCGGGCGCCGAGCCCGCUACGCUGCCGGCCCUCACCACCAUAGACCUGCAGGACCUGGCCGACUGCUCGCUGCUCGGGCCGGACGCGCCGCCUGCCGGUGACUCGGCCGCCUGGCAGAGCCAGGCCGCCCCGCCAACGGCGGUGGACUUCGAUCUGCAGGAUUUCGGGGACACGGUGGAGGAUCUCAUUGCAGACUCGUCCUCCUUGAUGUCACCUCCCCUGGCCAGCAGAGACUUCCCUUUUUCUCCGUGCGACACACUGCCCUUCGGGCCCUGCCUGUCCCAGCCACUGGACCCGCUCGCCCUGCAGCCGCCACCUCGCCCUGCGGACGCGCUCCAAUCGGAGCAGUACUGGAAGGAGGUGGCCGACCAGAACCAGAGGGCGCUGGGGGACGCCCUGGUUGAGAACAACCAACUGCACGCGACACUGACCCAGAAACAAGAGGAGAUCGCGUCGCUCAAGGAGCGCAACGUGCGGCUGAAGGAACUCGCCAGUCGGACCCGGCACCUGGCCUCCGUGCUGGACAAGCUGAUGAUCACGCAGGCCCAGGAUUGCCGGGCGGCCGCGGAGCCCUGCCUGCUCAAGGCCACUGCCAAGAGGAGCCUGGAGGAGUUGCUUGUAGCCGCGGGGCAGGACUGCGCGCAAGCAGACGCCAUCCUGAGGGAUAUUUCCGAGCACUGCGACGAAGGGCUGCAGAGCCACGACCCCAAGCGGCUCCGCCUGCAGCCGGAGUCGGCGAGCCUGCUCCGCCCACCCGGGCAACUGCACGGCGCCUUCCGGGGGCUGCGCACGGACUGCAGCGUGCGCGCACUGGACCUGAGCCACGGGGAGCUGGAGGAGGGGGGCUCCUUCUGCACCCCCAUCCGCAGCCACAGCACCAUCCGCACCCUCGCCUUCCCCCAGGGCAACGCCUUCACCAUUCGGACGGCCAACGGGGGUUACAAGUUCCGCUGGGUGCCCAGCUGA